GGGGCCGUCGUCUGGCAACCCUCGCUCAGCCCAAUCUCGCAGUUCGUGCCCGGCCGCACGCAUCACCGUUAGAGGGCACUGGAGCCCUGGUGGCCCGUGGUUCGGAGCUGGGCUCCUAACCGAAAGGUCGGCAGUUGGAAUCCACCAGCUGCUCCUUGGAAACCCUAUGGGGCGGUUCUACUUUGUCCUAUAGGUGGUUAUGAGUAGGAACCGAAUCCACGGCGCCUAUCAGAAACAGCCACUCAGGCCAAACCGCUGUCCUCAGUCGCUUUAAAGCGCCGCUUCUCCCUGCCUAGCGCUAAUGACACUGGUCUUCAGCUCUCCCAAGGAGAUUUCCUGUCUGGAAGCCGUUCCUCACGGGGCGGGAGGGAAGGGAGGAGCCUGCCUUCCGACACCCUGGGCUUCUCCAGUGCCAUCUCUUUAGAGAGGAUUUCGCUUGGCCACCCCGUUUAGAGUAGCUACCGUCACUCUCCCCUCAUAGCAUUUAUCACCAGCUGAUAUAUAUAUCAGAAACCAUGGUGGUGUAGUGGUUAAGUGCUACGGCUGCUAACCAAAAGGUCGGCAGUUCCAACCCGCCAGGCGCUCCGUGGAAACUUCUAUGGGACAGUUCUACUCAGUCCUAUAGGGUCGCCAUCAGGUGGAAUCGACUCGACGGCAGUGGGUUUGGUUUUUGGUGGAUAUAUAUAUCCUACAAAAGCAGGGACCUGCCUGUCUGCCUCCCUCACUGCAGGGUCCCCAGGGUCUGGCACAGAAUAGGGUAGAAUAUGUGUAGUCUGAGUGAAUGACCUGGGCCUGAGACUGUAUUUCUGCUCGCAGGGGCUCACAGUCUGAGUUUUCAAACGCAGUCUGGGUUAUGUUUGUUCUGCAUAUUUUUAUUUUUUGCCUCCCACUGGUGGUGUUUUCCCUAGAAUGGUUGGAGGCCCUUUAGAUAUUUCAAUUCAUGUUUUUCACAAGUGCUCCUGUGAAGCCAUAGUUCCACCAUCUUGAAGUGUUUCCUUUUAGGUAUAUGAAGUCUGUGUUGCUCCUUUUAUCUGAUUUUAACUCUGUCUUGAAUAACUUGGCCAUCACCCUAGUCCACACAGACCUCUUUGGAUCCUGCCCAUCUCAGCUUCAAUCCAUUUCAUACAUUCAAAUCUGAUCAACAGGUACCUUCAACAAUCUCAUCUUGUUACUCCCCAAAAUAUUGAACUUAAUCCUGAAGUUUAUUUAUGGAAGGUGCACUUGCCCUGUGCUAGGUCUGUGGCAGAUAUCUAGGAAGCACAAGAUGGGGUUGCAGCUUUCAGAUAAUAGAUCUGGAGGCUAAGUGAACCCUCUGGCAAAUAACUUCUUCCUGCCUGCCUGAGAGGUGACUGCUUGCAUCAUAUACUACUGGGAGAGCUGGGAAACACCUCUACUGAAGCACCACCCAAGCACUGGAACACACACAUGCAGUCACCACUCCUGAAGGGCAACAACCUGGAUUACAGGGCCUGGGCCUAUUGGAUUAUAAGAUCCCAGCUACCUCACACCUCCUGUCUGGACUUUUGCAACCCAACUAUGGAGGAGGUUGCCACACCAUUUGUCUGUCCAGUUGGAAUGUUGAAUGUGCCUACCUGAGGAACCUAGUACAUUUAGAGUCCAGACCCUGGAAAUGUUAAAGUGCAGAGGAAAGACCAUAAGCUAUGAAGCAAGACAGAUGGGCUUGAGUUCCAGCUCUACCACUUAAUGACUGCUUCUUAUAAUUUUGAAUAAGUUUUCUAAUUCUCUGAGUGUUGGAUGGGAGAAUGGGUGUGACAAUAUCUACCUUCAGAGUUGUUGGGGGGAAGGGGUGAGGAAUAAAUGACACUGUGUAUGGAGGUGCCUGGAUAAGAGUAGGUGCUCAGUUGUUAUUGCUAGUUGCUAUGGAGUCAGUUCCAACUCAUGGCAACACCAGGUGUGCAGAGUAGAACUGCUCCAUGGGGUUUUCAAGGCCCUGACCUUUCGGAAGCAGGUCACCAGGCCUGCCUUCCCAGGCACCUCUGGGUAGGUUUUAAACCACCAACCUUUCAGCUAGUGGAGCACUUCAUUAUUUGUCCCACCCAAGGACUCCUAGGUGUUCAAUUAGGUAAUCCCUAAUAAUUAAUCACCAUCACUCAUUUGUCAGUUUGUUGUACUGUGGUGGCUUGCCUGUUGCUGUGAUGCUGGAAGCUAUGCCACCAGUAUUUCAAAUACCAGCAGGGUCACCCAUGGUGGACAGGUUUCAGCAGAGCUUCCAGACUAAGACAGACCCCAUGGGAGGAAGGACCUGGCGGUCUACUUCUGAAAAAAAUGGCCCGUGAAAACCUUAUCAAUAACAGGAGAACAUUAUUACAGUGCCAGAAGAUGAGCCCCUCAGGUUGGAAGGCACUCAAAAUAUGACUGGGGAAGAGCUGCUUCCUCAAAGUAGAGUUGACCUGAAUGAUGUGGAUGGAGUCAAGCUUUUGGGACCUUCAUUUGCUGAUGUGGCAGGACUCCAAAAGAGAAGAAACAGCUACAAAUAUCCAUUAAUAACAGGAACAUGGAAUGUACUAAGUAUGAAUCUAGGAAAAUUGGAAGUCAUCAAAAAUGAAACAGAAUGUAUAAACAUCGAUAUCCUAGGCAUUAGUGAGCUGAAAUAGACUUUUACUGGACAAUCAUAAGGUUUACUAUGCUAGAAAUGACAAAUUGAAGAGGAAUGGCACUGCAUUCAUCAUCAAAAAGAACAUUUCAAGGUCUAUCCUGAAGUAUAAUGCUUCAGUGAUAGGAUAAUAUCCAUAUGCCUACAAGGAAAACCAGUUAAUAUGACUAUUAUUCAAAUUUACUCACCAACUGUUAAUGCCAAAAAUUAAGAAAUAGAAGAUUUUUACGAAUUUCUGCAGUCUGAAAUUGAUCAAACAUGCAAUCGAGAUGCAUUGAUAAUUACUGCUGAAUGGAAUGUGCAAGUUGGAAACAAAGAAGAAGGAUCGGUAGUUGGAAAAUAUGGCCUUGGUGACAGAAACAAUGCCAGAGAUUGUAUGUUAGAAUUUUGUGUAAGACCAAUGACCUAUUUGUUGGAAAUACAUUUAUUCAACAACAUAAAUGGUGACUAUGGACCUCUCCAGACAAAAUAGACAGGAAGCAAAUCGACUACAUCUGUGGAAACAGACAAUGGAGAAGCUCAAUAUCAUCAGUCAGAACAAGGCCAUGGGCCAAGUGCAGAACAGACCAUCGAUUACUCAUAUGCAAGCUCAAGCUGAAGCUGAAGAAAAUGAAAACAAGUCCGCGAGAAUCAAAGUACAAACUUCAGUAUAUUCCACCUGAAUUCAGAGACGGUCUCAAAAGUAGAUUUGAUACAUUGAACACUAAUGACCGAAGACCAGAGAAGCUGUGGGGUGACAUCAAGAACAUCAUACAUGAAGAAAGCAAAAGAUCAUUAAAAAGAUAGGAAAGAGAAAAGACCAAAAUGGAUGCCAGGAGAGACACGGAAACUUGCUCUUGAAUGCUGAGUAGCUAAAGUGAAUGGAAGAAAUGAAGAAGUAAAAGAGCUGAGCAGAAGAUUUCAAAGGGCAGCUCAAGAAGACAAAUUUAAGUAUUAUAAUGAAAUGUGAAAAGAGAUGGAGCUAGAAAACCAAAAGGGGAGAACACAGCAUUUCUCUCAAGCUGAAAGAACUGAAGAAAAAAUUCAAGCCUUAAGCUCCAAUUUUGAUGGAUUCUAUGGGGGGAAAAAAGUGUUAAAAAGCGAAGAUGUCACCUUGAAGACUAAGGUGUGCCUGACCCAAGCCAUGGUGUUUUCAACCACCUCAUUUGCAUGCAAAAGCUGGACGAUAAGACUGAAGAAGAAUCGAUGCCUUUGAAUUACCGUGUUGGCGAAGAAUAUUGAAUAGUGUGCCAUGGAGUGCCAGAAGAAUGAACAGAUGUCUUGGAAGAAGUACAACCAGAAUGGUCCUUAGAAGCAAGAAUGGUGAGACUACAUCUGACAUACUUGCUGAUGUCAGAUGGAUCCUGGCUGAAAACAGAGAAUACCAGGUGUUUACCUUUGUUUUAUUGACUACGCUAAGGCAUUCAACUGUGUGAAUUAUAACAAAUUACGGAUAACAUUGCAGAGAAUGGGAAUUCUGGAACACUUAAUUGUGCUCAUGAGGAAUCUGUACAUGGAUUAAAAGAGGCAGUCGUUCAAACGGAAAAAGGGGAUACUGCAUGAUUUAAAGUCAGGAAAGGUGUGCAUAAGGGUCGUCGUGUCCUUUCACCAUACCUAUUCAAUCGGUAGAAUUCGAGAAGCUGGACUAUAUGAAGAACGGUGUGUCAGGACUGGAAGAAGGCUCAUUAACAACCUGCAAUAUGCAGAUAACACAACCUUGCUUGCAGAAAGUGAAGAGGAUUUGAAGCACUUACUGAUGAAGAUCAAAGACCACAGCCUUCAGUAUGGACUACACUCAACAUAAAGAAAGCAAAAAUCCUCACAACUGGACCAAUAAGCAACAAAAUGAUAAAGGGAGAAUAUAUUGAAGUUAUCAAGAAUUCUAUUUUCUUGGAUCCACAGUCAGUGCCUGUGGAAGCAGCUGUCAAGAAAUCAAACGACAGAUCGCACUGGACAAGCCUGCUGCAAAGGACCUUAACAAAGUGUUAAAGAGCAAAGAUGUCACUUUGAGGACUGAGGUGUGCCUGACCAAGACAUGGUAUUUUCAGUAGCCUCGUAUGUGUGGGAAAACUGGACCACGACCAAGGGAGAUGGAAGACUUGAUGCCUUUGAAUUAUGGCAUUGGCGAAGAAUAUUGAAUAUACCAUUGGACUGCUGGUAGGAGUAACAAAUCUAUCUUGGAAGAAGUACAGCCAGAGUAGUCUUUAGAAGGGAAGAUGGCAAGACUUUGUCUCAAGUACUUUGGACGUGUUAUCAGGAGGGACCAGUCCAUGGAGAAGGACAUCAUGCGUGGUAAAGUAGAGGCUCAGUGAAAAAGAGGAAGACACUCAAGGAGAUGAACUGACAUAGCAGCUACGAUCAUGGGGUCAAGCACAGCAAGAUUGUGGGGAUAGCACAUGACUUUUUCAAGAGCAAGUUCACAGUCUCUUCUGACAUCCAUUUUUGUCUUUUCCUUCUAUCCUAUUUUUUAGUGACCUUUUGCUUUCUUCCUGUAUAAUGUCCUUGAUGUCAUCCCACAACUCGUCUGGUCUUCAUCAUUACUGUUCAGUGUGUCAAAUUUAUUCGUGUUUGGCUCUGUUGCACAUAGUUACGCUAUGAGUUGCAACCGGACUCGUGGCACCUAACAUCAACAACGAUAAUUAAUCAGUCACUGAUAGGGUUAGCCGUCCAUCCCCGAGUUUAGCCAAGUCAACAGUUCAUUCUGCCAGCAUUCCAGUGGUGAGAUGUCCUAUCUGCAAAACGCGAACGCCUCUGGACAAUUACUUGCCCUUCCGGAGAGAGGGUGAAAUGCGCCGGGGUCUCUUUAAGAGCCCGCGCGGACACCACGGCGGCGCGCAGAGGCGGCACCCGCGCAGGCAUCGUUUGCCUAGACUUGCACAGAAAAGAAAUCUGGCCCCCCGGAUCCGCCCGGGCCAUGCUGCUACGGCCGCUGUGGGGCUGGGCGGCCCGGGCGGUGCGCCGCGUGGCGCGGCGGAGCCCCGGGAGUCCCGCCCCGGGACCCGGACCUCGGGCGGGGGCACAUGGCCGGGCCGGGCCUCCGGGUAAAGACAGAGAAAAUGAAAAAGAGAAAAAGUCAGUGAUCUGUGUCGAGGGCAAUAUUGCAAGUGGGAAGUCCACGUGCCUGGAGUUCUUCUCCAGCACCACAGACCUAGAGGUGUUGACGGAGCCUGUGCCCAAGUGGAGAAAUGUCCGUGGCCAUAAUCCUCUGGGUCUGAUGUACUGUGACCCCUGUCGAUGGGGCCUCACACUGCAGACGUAUGUGCAGCUCACCAUGCUGGACCAGCACACUCGUCCUCAGACGUCACCUGUACGGUUGAUGGAGAGGUCGAUUCACAGCGCAAGAUACGUUUUUGUAGAAAACCUGUAUAGAAGUGGGAAGAUGCCUGAAGUGGACUAUGUGGUUUUGUCAGAAUGGUUUGACUGGAUCGUGAGGAACAUUGACGUGUCCGUUGAUUUGAUAGUUUAUCUCCGGACCACUCCUGAGACCUGUUACCAGAGGUUAAAAAUGAGAUGCAGGGAAGAGGAGAAGGUCAUCCCACUGCUGGAGACCUGUGUGGACAAGUCAGAUCUGCUUCACUUCGUGUGGUCCUUGACUCAGGACUGGAACUCCUGCACUCAGAGGAAUACCUGGAUGCCAUUCACCAGCUCUAUGAGGAGUGGUUUCUCAAAGGAAGCCCCUUCCCCGUGGCGGCCCCUGUCCUGCACCACCAAGGAGAGAAUGUUCCCGAUGACCAAAGCCUCUAGACCUGGGCUUUGGUUUUAACCAUUUGGGAUGGUGGUCUUUCCGAUAUGACCUUCCCCUUCUUCAGUGGAUGA